CAAUCAAAAAAUAAGAAGAAGAAUGACCGUCAUAUUGCAUUUCAAGAAGAUGCACGGACUGUACAUAAUCCAAUCAACAACAAUGGGAAGAUGUCAGUGUAAUGUAAGAAAAGUUUCUCUCUCUUGAUCGUUCCUGAAACAAGCUGCAAGGUAAUCAAAGUUCCAUUAUGCUAUCCGUUGUGACUCUUGUUCAAACAGAGAAAGUUCGGCAAAUAGAUCAGAAAGGUUGAGUUGGAAUUUUUGAUUGAUUGCUUUAUCACUAUCAUCAAAUUUAAACACAAUCAUCAAUCUUUUGAUCACCUUUUCGGAAAGAUUACAAACACGAUAAACCGAUUGGCAAUGUCAUAUCGGAUCGAUUAAAAGUCAAAAUUGAUUGACAACGAUUGGAAUUGAGGAUAUGCAAAACGAUCAGAAUUCAGAGCAAGUUCCAACACAACAGCAAGAUCAGAACAAAAUGGCAGCCACACAAACAUUAUCAUUUCCAAAUGCAUACCGCAGUCCUGACAUUCUCUCCACAAAGAGCGUUCAUGGUGAUGUUGAGGAUACGAUGAUGCAGCAUACAUUCGACAGCUUAGGCUCUUCACAUAUGAACACACUUCCUGGCGCUACCGUCAUGUCACCACCAAAGAAAGAAGAAAUGGCACAAUUACACUAUCGAACACAAUCUCAAGAUGCUACAGAUUUGGAUAUCAGUAACCCAUCUUCAUCCACCGUCUUAUUCCCACAAGCAGGAGAAGUAAGCGCAACAAACACAACCAACGCAACCGCUUCAGCAUCCUCUGCAGCAGCAGCUGCUGCUGCUGCGAAGAAACGAAUGCAAAGUUGUGAUAUUUGUCGAAUUCGUAAAGUGAAAUGUAUUCGAUUAGAUGAAACAGGAAUGGGAAAAUGUCGUCAAUGCGAAUCAAAUGAUGCUCAAUGUACAUACACUUAUGUACCCAAAAAACCAGGACCACAAACAUCUUCGGCAAAAUCCAUCGCACGAAGAGAAGAAAAAGAUCGUCAAAUUCGUGCGGCUGCAGCAGCGGCAAUGUUGGCAAAAGGCGUUAGUGGAAGUGGAUCAGGAAAAGGUAAAGGAAUGAUGAAAUCAAACAGAGCAGGUACUGAAUCUGGCGGUGAAAGAUCUUCUGGAUCUUCACGUAGAUCAAGUAUUCCCGGAGGACAAAUUUCGCCAGCUCUCAUUCAACAGGCUUCUUUUGAUUUUGGUGUUCAUGGUCAUCACCCAAAUAUACAUUCAGGUCAAAAUUCUGAAGGCAUAUCACCUGUUGACUUUGGUGCUCAUCGUCAGAAUUAUCACACCAAUCCGUACCCUUCGCAUCUGGCAAUGAGCAGUCUGAUGUCUGCUUAUCAACCUUCUCCUUCAGGAAGCAAUUCGAUGGCCAAUUCAACACCAUCAUCGUAUAAUGGUGUUAGCAGCAUGGCUAUGGACAACCCACUCUUUGUUGGUCAGAAAUCUCGUCCAGGUUCUCCGUCCUACUUUUCGGCUUCUCUUCCAUUUGGCGCAUCUCCUGCAUCGUCAAGUGGUCUGCAUGGACAUUCCGGUUCCAACAGAGCGGCAUGUCUGCAUUCCAACCAUUCGAGCAUUAGUGGAUCAGCAAAUCUUCCGUCUCAUUCGCUUUUCUCCAAUCAUUCGCAACCUGUAAGCGCAUCAUCUUCCAGAAGUUCAAGCCCACGACUACACAAAAUUCACAACACAAACAGCACCAACACCUUUGCACAUGCAUUCACUCCAAUUAAUCCAAUCGCACCUCUUCAAAUGUCCAAUCCUGGUCAUCAGUCUAUACCCUCAGGAUUGCACGGUGCUGAUGCAUUACUACCAAGCAACGAUCCAACCAGCGCUCCUCAUGGUGAUCCGACGUUAAAUUUCCCUUGGCCUUCUAUCCCCCAUUCCAAUCAAGGAAUGCCAACUGAUGCAAUGGCAUGGAAUUCGAUGCCACAACAAGCCAAUCCAUCACAAGCCACACAUCCAUUCUUGCCUCCGACCAUGCCCGCAACUUCUUCCGGAUCGAAUUAUGACCCAAUCGCUAUGUCUCAUCAAAUGUACGAAUAUGCAUUACAAUGGCAACAACAGCAACAAAGAGUAAACGAAAAGAACGGACACAGUGGAGGAGAAACAAAAGAAAAGACCCAAUCACAACCUAAUCCUAAUCAGAUACCAUCAACCCAACAACAAUCCGAACAAUGGUCAGAUUUUUGGCAAUUUCCAACGAAUCAUCAAGGUCCCCAUUGGUAGUUUUGUAAUGCUUGUAAGAAUAAUUUACACUUCAUCUUCAUCAUCAUCACCCAUAUAGAGUUCGACAAUUGAAUUUCAUGCUUUGUAU